GAGUGAAUCAUGUGCUUGUAGAACUAAAGCUCAAACCGACUAAGUAUACCAUCAGACAAACAACAACAACAACAACAACAACAACCCCCAAUGCGACACACAAACAACACCCCAGAGAUAAGUACAACCCAAAGCAGAACCACAGCACGCAUACACACCGUCUGGCCAUAUCCUCAGCAAUCACAAAACACAGCGAGGCCCAAGCCCCCCCGAUCUAACACCGAGCAGGAAUAUACUCCACCUCAACCUCGCAUUCUCUCUCCCUCUCCACCUCCACCUCCCAAACCCGCCCACAACGCCCCCAUCCACCCACAACAAGACACUCCUCCGGCUCCGCGAUCUCAACACAUUCCACCGCCCUCGCCCUCGCCGGGACACACCGGUACGCACAACGCACAUCCACCCACGCCGGCCGCGGCCGUUCCACCCGAAUGGGGAUCAGGGAUUCUUCGAUGGUCUGGCACCGGGACCGGCUUCUGCGGACGGUCGUGUAGGAGGGAGCAGCAGGAGCGGCCGCAAGACGACGACGCCGCGGGGAGUAGCACCGCGGUGGGGGGCGGAUGGGACUGCUGCUGCUGCUACUGUGUCCGUGACGAGAGUGGCUGCGGCUGCGGCUUCGGUAAUCCCUGAAACAAACGCUGCAGGUCUCCUCGGUGCAUUCCGUGAAGCACAUCGCGUGUCGUGUUCGCGUUGCUGUAUACGUAUACGUAUACCGUCGACUUGAUUUUCGUAUAGCGUAUAGCGUAUAGAAAGCGCACGGCGGCUAGGAAUGAGGGUGUAGAUCUAGAUGUGGUAGCAAGAGCAAGAGCAAGAGCGGUAAUAUGAGGUUGUGCUUGCUCAGACUAGGCUGAGCCUUUAGAACUGGUGGAUUUGCUCGACCUUAUGCACCACUCCAACAGAUCAGCCUCGGGACUCUUAUACCCAGGCUUGGGCACAGGAAUACCUAGUAACCUCAAAUUUGGGGGACCUGGGUGUGUUUCAGAUUUGGUGGCACAGCCCGCACGCUGAGGUGCAGUUUCCCUGGAUAUCAUUUCUCUUAAAGACAGACCUAAACUUCUCAAAGAUCG